AUGUUUCGUGCAAAAUCGAAUGAACAAGCUUCAAAGUUCUGUCAAGAAGGAAGUGAAAUGUUGAAAGAAGGAAAUUUCUAUGAAGCUUUGAAAGCGAUCAAUAAAAGUUUAUGCUUGGCGGAACCAGGAUCGCUGGUGAUGUGUGAAAGUUUUGCUGUUCGAUCGGAGAUUUAUUUUGAGAUGCGAGAGUAUCAAAAUUGUUUGACUAACAUCGAAGCUGCAAAGGAGCAUGGCUUUGAAAAAGACAACAAAGGUUUGAACGAUCGAGAAAUGGAAUGUAAGAAAUUGAUGGAUGAGAACAAGGAAAGCGAUCUUUGGGCCUUUUUUAAACUUUCUUAUCCAGCAAAUGAAAAGCUUCCAUUCAUCAUUAAAAGCUUGGAAAUGAAAGAAGACGAAAAAUUUGGAAAGCACAUAAUAACGAAUGAAGAUUUGAUGGCUGGUGAUGUGAUUGCAAUUGAAGAAUCUUGUUUGAAUUUCUUCAGCCCAAAAACACUUUUCACGAAAUGUUUCAACUGUCUGAAGUCAAAUCUGCUUGAUUUGAUUCCAAGUUCAGCUUCAGUAAUGUUUUGCUCAAAAGAAUGCUUCAAAUUUGCUUAUAAGAAGUUCAAUUGUAGAAAUGAACUCAUCAGAGACAGUUUGAGUGGGAAUGAAAUUAAGCAAAAAAUGCUUCGCAUUAUGAGUGAAUCAUUAGCAAUUGCAGGAAGCUACAAUGAAUUGCAGAAACUUGUUGAAUCUUCAAAAGGAAAAACAAUUUUUGAUUUCGAUUUACGAGGGAAAACUGAUAAAGAACUGAAGGAAAUAAUUUUAGUAACUUUGUGUUCAUUAAUGCCAAAGACAGAUUGUGGCGUUGAAGGUUACUUAACAAGCACUAUGAGUCUUCCUGAUGGACCACGAAGAAACUUUUUCGUUUCCUUCAUUACUCGAUUAAUUCUCAUUUACAUGAGAAAUGGAACAAAACUUCCAGGAAAAGGAACAAAUUUACCUGAAGGUGGUUUGUUGCUUCCAUUUGUGGCUCUUGUAAAUCACUCAUGUGAUCCGAAUAUUUAUGUGACUUUCGUUGACAACAAAUGUGUCUUCACGGUUAUUAGAAGAAUAAUUGCUGGUGAACAAAUCUUCGUCAAUUACAGGUCGACAUUCAAAAUAAACUUAAAUUAA